AUGGAAGUAAACAUCUCGGACACCGUCUGCUACCACGCCCCCUGCAGGGAAGACUCCAUCCUGUCACUAAUUCACAGAUUGAAAGAAGUCGAUGACAUCCUGAAGAAACUGGAGAAACUCCAGUACAUAAGGGGCUCGUGUCCGAAUCUCUUCAGAACCAGUAAUGUUAUUAAGAAGGCGUAUAUAAAACUGGAGGAACAAUUAAUUCAUAAAAUGAUGAAUAUGACUGAGCUUGACGGUGGCUGCUCCAAGACCUACAACCUGAAGUUGUUGUCUGUGAAUGUUUUCAAAAUCAAUGACACAGACCUGAACGUUUCAGAAGACAUGAUCCCACUGGAAGCUCCUCAGUUAUGGCCCAACAACGACUUGUUUGUCCCUGAGGUUUGGAUCCCAGUGAACGCACUGGAAAACAUCUUACAAGAGGAGCGCGUUAUCGGCCUGGUCAGCUACUCAGACCACAGCCAGUUCCAGUUUGACAUGGAGAAUUUCUGCUCCAUGGUUCUCAGGAUAGAGGCGUUAGGCGAACCUCACCUUCAGGAUCUCAAGCCACCAAUCAAAAUGAUUUUCAGGGUUGUGAAACCACAAAGGAAUGAUUCCCAGUUACAGUGUCGCUACUUUGAUGAAGACGACGGUCGGAGUCUAAAAGAUUCUCCCUGGAAACCAGAUGGAUGUGAAACUGAAAUUGACCGAGAUCAAGUCAUCUGCAAGUGCAGCCAUGCAACACCCUUCGCCGUCCUUCUGAUAAAAGCACCAAUAGCUGAAGCCCAUUGGAAAAUAUUGUCUGACAUCAGUUACAUAGGCUGUGGAAUUUCUCUUUUCUUCAGCGCUUCAUCUCUCGUUAUUUAUGUGUUUAACAGGAGCCACAAAAUGGACUCGUCCAUGUCCAUCCACGUGUCUCUGAGCGGCGCCUUGUUUCUCCUUAACUCUGCCUUCCUGCUGACUGAGUGGGGGCCCACGGCGGGGCCGGACUGGGUUUGUGAGUUCAUAGCUGCGCUCAUGCAUUACUCGCUGCUCUGCUGUCUCACCUGGAUGGCCAUCGAGGCCCUGCACCUCUACCUGCUGCUGAUAAAGGUGUUCAACACCUACUACACAUGCUACCUGCUCAAACUGUCUCUUGCCGGAUGGGGGAUUCCUGCAAUAAUUGUGUCAAUAUCUUUGUGUGUGAAGAAUGUUAAACAGUUUUACGGAGCUACAGAGUUGACUAUGUCAGACACCAAUCAAACCAACAGCAUCUGCUGGAUCACAGAUGACACCUACUUCUACUCAGUGAACCUCGUGUAUUUCACCCUCAUAUUCAUCUUUAACUCUGGCAUUCUGAUGGCAGUGGCCUCAAGCAUCUGUAAGAUGAAGAAAAUGUUAAAGACUAACUCAAAGCUUCAAGCUAGCGCCAGCAGAAAGUCAAAGAAAGUCCCACAGAGGUUCAGCACGUCCUGCCAGAGCGGCCUGACUCUGCUGGGCCUCACCUGCCUCAUGGGGACCACCUGGGGUCUGGCCUUCCUGGGGUCUGGUUAUGUAAACUACACAGUGCUCUAUCUUUUCUGCAUCCUCAACUCCCUACAAGGUUUCUUUAUUUUUGUGUGGAUCUGUCUCUCUGCCAAGAAGCAGCGGAGGAAAGAAAUGGAGCAGAAACUGUCUUCAAUCACUGCAGUGCCUUCAGACACAAAAAUGUACUAGAUCUCUUCUCCUACCUCUGGAUGGAUCCCAGGGGGAAAAAACUGCAAAAAGUCUUCAGAUUAAUUCCUUUUUUAUCGCAAUUGCAUAUUUUUUACACAGCUUUACUGUUAGGAGCACUUCUAUAAGUUUCUCCAAAAUAAAUGUUAGGAAUUUAAUACUUAAUGUUUUCCUGAGGUAUACAGAGGACGUCCCAAGGGAUAGAGAGGCCCAAUUCUUUCAGUCACUGUUCAGAAAUGGGAAACAGGAAACAUCUAAAUGCCAAAGGUUGCCCAUGUCUAUAGAAGGAGAAAGAAUUCAAAAAUGUAAAACAACUCAGAGCAUCACAAACAUGACUGGAAGUGAACUGCAUCACACACAGAGCAGGAAGGUGAGAAAAGUGAAAAAAGAAAAUUAAAAUCUCUCCACUAAUGAAGUUCUUCCUGUUUUUCAGUGGGAGUUCAGCAACAAAAGACACAAUUAUUUUCACAUUUUUUUAACAUGAAAUGCUGAUAAGAGUAUAAGUAUUUAUAUCACAUUACAUUUUUCACAUUACAACCACAAACUCCACGGCAUUUAUUGCUAUUUUCAAAUACACACAAACACACAACUCUUCAGUGUGGUGUGUGUAUGCAGCUCUCAAGAAUCAAGAAACCUUGUGAAACCGCUUUUGAUUGCUGUAACGUGUUUAUUGUUAAUGAAGCUCCUGUCUUGCUUUGCAUUGAGUUUCCAUGUUGUGUU